AUAUUAGCUUACGUUGUUCUCUGUUAUGGGUCAGACAACUGCAUUGAAUGUCUAGUAGUAGACAAUGUCCGUAAGAUUUAAAAGCCGCCUUGGGGUUUGGAUCACUAGAGGGCGUGACUUCCUUGAUACUCUCGACUUUUCACAGACUUGCCGCCAGUGUUUUCACAAAACUUGCAGCGCCUAACUUUUACCGCGGAGUUGAUGGUGCCGAAGUCAGCAUUAAGAGUUUUUAAUUAUCAGUUCUGUUUUGUUUUCCACCGUGUCUUGCUGCUGUACGUUUUCGUCUGAGGUCCACAGGAAAAAGGACGAAGGAGCGCAGACUGUUUGCAUGAUUUCGGGAUGGAGUGGCGUGAACAGUCCACGGUCAGCUGCGAGGACGCCUUCUUGGAAGCCCAGAGAUGGGUUGAGGAGGUGACCAAGAAGCGCUUCGGCAGCAGCAGCUUCCGAUCGGCGCUGGAGAACGGAGUCCUGCUGUGCGAUCUGAUCAACAGGCUGAAGCCCGGGAUUGUGAAGAGGGUGAACAGGUUGUCCACUCCUAUUGCCGGCUUGGACAACGUGAACGUCUUCCUCCGGGCCUGCGGGAAGCUCGGACUGAAGGAGGCGCAGCUCUUCCACCCCGGGGACCUGCAAGACCUGUCCUCCCGCGUCACCGUCAGACCAGAAGAAACUAACAGGAGGCUGAAGAAUGUUUUAAUAACCAUCUACUGGCUCGGCAGAAAGGCACAGGCUGACCCCAUCUAUAAUGGACCUUACCUAAAGCUGAAAGCAUUCGAAGGGUUACUUGGUCUAGCGCUCUCUAAGGCUCUCGAGGAUCCGGCCAACCCCAGGGUGAACGUGAGGGACAGCGGGUUCAGUGACAGCUGGUACACAGAGAAAGAGGAGCCAUUUCCCCCGCAGCCCAGCCACAGGAGAGAGGACUCUCUGGACAGCUUGGACUCCGUGGAGUCAAGGACACUGAGCAUCUCUUCAGACACAACUCUAAAAGGCAGCAGUGAAGGCUGUGGCAGCGACGCUGAGGCAGACCUGGGCUACAGGAUGACGGAGAGCAAGGACGGGUUGCAGUACCGGCGCUCGCUGGUCGUCGAGCCCAAAGCCGCCGCGCAGUUUAACCAGUUCCUGCCCACCAAGGACAAGCCGUCCGGCUACGUGCCCGCCCCCCUGCGCAAGCGGCGCGUCGAGCGCCAGGAGGACAACCGCCGCAGCUGGGCCAGCCCGCUGUUCACCGAGGAGGACGGCACCUUCGCCAGCGGGGGCGAGGCGGGCACUGGCCCCUCCCCUCAGAACGGGGUGUGCCUCGGCGACGCCCCCCCCGCGCCCCCCCCGCGCUCCCCCCUCGGGUACGGGAGCGAGAGCGACUCGGACGCCGACCGGCCCGACCCGGACCUGGUCCUGGACGACCUGGCCAGCCGGAGGUUCCGGAGCCCCUCCCCCCUCGCCCCGCCCAACUUCGCCGUGCCGCUGAGCCCGCUGGGGGCGGGGCGGUUCCUGGCGGCCCCCCACCCGCUGGCGACCGUCCCAAACGCUCCACACUCCGCCGAGCCCCCCCUCAGCGGUGCGUCUCCGUGCCCCCCCACUCCGCCGGGGGAGGGGCGCGGUGUGCGGAGGACAGACCCGUUCCCGGACUCGGACGAGGACUCUGACGAGCCGGGGUACGCCGACCCGGUGCAGGACGACCUGUACCUGCGCAAGGUGGGCUUGAACCUGCAGCCCUCCGCCUGCGAGCUGUACGACAGGUUCCUGCCCAAGUUCUGGACCCCCGAGGAGGACCUGCACGUGCACAGCAUUCGGGUGGGGUCCCGACGCAGACCCUGGUACAGGAAGAUCCAGGGCUUCAGCCGAACGGCGUCUGACUCCUCCUCUGAGGACUCUGAGUGCGACAUCCACCCCUGGCUCGUGCCUUGCUCACGCCCCCCGGGCCUGUCCGACACGCCCCCUAGUCACCCUCACGCCCCCGAUGGCUCCGCCCACCCUCACGCCCCCGAUGGCUCCGCCCACCCGCAGCCCCCCGUGGCUCAAAGGAAGUAUUCGGCUUUUUUCAAGCCUUUUUCCUUCUGUCCUUCUGUCCUCUGUGUUUCUGAGCCUCUGCUCUGGGCUCCUCUGGGGGUUAAAGCUCUUUCCUGCUCUCUCUCUCUCUCUCUUUCUCUCUUUCUCUCUUUCCUGUCGUCUCCCUGCAGCUCUCUCACGCAGUCACUCACAGCCUCGCCACCUUUCACAGUCCUCCCGUACUCCAAACGCCCCCCAAAGUUCGACCCCUCCGCCGCCCCGCGGCUGGUUAGGUGCCAGGGACGCCCCCGCCGGGGGGACCCGCUGGCCCGGGACACGCUCCCCGACCUGGAGAACGACGACAUGUUCGCCCGGCGCACGGGCGCCUCCGGCUGCGCAGACCUGCGCGCGGCGAGCCCGCAGAGCGAGGGGGGGCCGCCCCCCCCGUCCUACGGCGCCUCGGGGGGGUUCACCAUCGUCACCCAGCCCCGCCGCGGCGCGCCCGUCCUCCCGGACGUCCUGAGAGACGACCUGCUCUUCCGCAAGGUCAGCGCCCCCGGAGCGGACCGGCCCCUGUCCGGGGGUCCCGACACCUACACCGCCCUGCCCCUCCCCGCGCCGGACGCCCUGCCCGACAGGCUCCGGGCCCGGCUGCUGUGCCAGCCCUGCCCCCCCGCGCCCGAGGAGGGGGAGGAGGCGGCCGGCGACCCAGAAGGGGAGGGGCGUCCGCGAACGGACGACAUGUCGCUGAGGAGACUGGGGGCGGGGCUUCCUAAAGGGGCGGGGCCACCCCCCGGCCCGGCCGUGCCCGCCUCCUGCAGCGAGGAGGACCUGCAGAAAUGGCGGUCGAUCCGCGAAGCCAGCCGCGUGAAGCACAAGAAGAGGCUGAUGGUGGAGAGACGGUUCCAGAAGCGUUCUGGUUGUGACGGGAGCAAGUCCAUGAAUGACAUCACCGUGGAUCCAGAGGUGCUCCGGCAGGUGCGCUACGAGGAGCUGGCCAAGAUUCGCGCUCAGGUCAAAGAGAACGAGGACCAGUGGCAGGAUGACCUGAGCAAGUGGAAGAACCGGAGGAAGAGUGUGAACUCGAGCAUCGUGAAGAAGAAGGAGGAGCGGGAGCAGAUCGAGCAGAUCACCGGCGGGGGGGAUGGGGGCGGGGGGAGCACCCGCCGCCCCAAAACCUUCAAGGAGAUGCAGGAGGAGAGAGAGAGCCGAGGACCGGCCUCUCCCAGCCCCAGCCGCAGACUGCAGUCCGCCAGCGAGGACGUCCCGUCCGGGCCCGCCCCCCAGCCGCAUGCCCGAAAGCUCUCGGGGCGCAGCUACACCGUGGACAGCCUGUACUCGUCCCAGAACAGGGCCGCCUCUCCUCUAUCGCCCCCUGUGGAGGAGGACAGGGAGCACGCCCAGGACCCGGAGCUGGACCCCACCCCGGUCCUGAAGCCCACGUCUCUGUACCCCGCCAAAACCGCCGCUCUCCGGGCCAGCCCGACCAGCGCCGCGGGGGCAGAACAGCCCGACGGCGUUCUCAAGACCCAGGCCGCCGCCCCCAAAACCUGGUCCGCCCCCGCCCCCAUAUCCUGGUCCGCCCCUCCCAGUAUCCUGGUCCGCCCCCUCCCCUGCCCCUGCUCCUCCCCUACCCUCACCACCACCUCCGCCAAGCUCUCCAGCUCCACCGCCGUGAGCAGGUCUGGGGCGAGCUCACCCGCCGCCGCCGCCGCCAAGCCCGGCGAGCCCAGGUUCCCCUUCAGCCGACCGGCGGCGGAGGAGCAGGGCUCUGGCGCCCUCUACAGGCGCAGCGGCGUGGGCGCGGCUCUGGCUCCGGCGGUCUCCGCCUCCCUCCCCCGGAGCUACCAGAGGCCCGACAGCUCGCGCCUCACCUCCGUGGUCACGCCCCGCCCCUUCGGCACCCAGGCCACGCGCAUCGCCUCCCUGCCCCGGACGUUCGCGCAGACGGACGGCCCGCAGAAACGCGUCAACGGAGGGACGGCAGGGUCGAGCCGCUACCGCGCGUUCAUGACCGAGGAAGAGGUGCGCGCCCAGGCCAGCUCCGCCCACAGCAGCGAGGAAGAGGAAGAGGAGGAGGAGGAGGAGGAGGAGGGGGAAGAGGAAGAGGAAGAGGAAGAGCAGCAGCAGGAAGGCGUGACACCAGCACCACUGUCCAGCACUGACGGCCCAAAGCCCAAACCUGAGUCUGCCCUCAGAAGUGUCCCUAAGAGCGAGGACACCCAGGAAGUCUACUGCGACAUGAGGAUCAACCUGAACCAGAAGCCCAACAGCGGCCGCGACUUCGGCUUCCAGACCAACUGGGACUCCACUGGGGCCUUCAUCAAGUCCAUCCAGGAAGGUAGCCCCGCGGAGCUGUGCCAGCUUCGGGCGGGGGACGAGGUGCUGGCGGUGAGCGGGCUCCAGGUGUCGGAGCUGAGCUACGAUCAGUGGAAGGCCAGCCUGGAGGCCGCUCUGCAGAAGGGCUGCCUGGUGAUGGACAUCCGCCGACACGGCAGGAACACGUGGGAGAGAGACCCGCCUUCCCUACCCUAUAAGAGCCAUAAGACCAUCAAUCUGACCACUAUGGAUCCGACGCUUGUAGGUUCCCCCGACAAGUUCAUCAACACCUGCGGAGAGCGCGCUCCCCAGCCCGCCGCGGAAAUCGCCACGAGAGCGCAGGAGUCCAGCCGCCCGCCCGUCACCGACGUGGCCUCUAAAGGUAUGAAUGGCGGUUUCCGUGACGACUCCGUAACCAUGAGGAAAAAAGACUCUGAGCCCAUUUCUUUGAAAAACUUUAAAAGGAGAUCAGAGUUUUUUGAGCAGCAAGGCGGCGCUGAAUCUGCCAUAUCAGAUUUACAGGUGCCCCCUGUCAGCUCCUCCUCAAACCGCUGGUCCUGGGACCUGGACGAGGAGCGGAGGCGACAGGAGAAGUGGCAGAAGGAGCAGGAGCGCCUCCUACAGGAGAAGUACCAGCGUGACCAGGAGAAGCUGGAGGAGGAGUGGCGCCGGGCACAGCAGGAGGCCGUUCAGUCUGCCGCUGGGAAGCUGGAGGUGGACCGGGGCGCCACAGAGGCAGAAACCAGGAGCCUCAGUCCUUACUCACCCCUGUCCCCUCUGAGCCAGGCCACGCCCCCUCCCGCUGACGAAGAGGAGGAGGAGAGGGAAAGGCAGGAGGUGGAGCAACAGCUCCAGCGUGAGGAGGAAGAACGCUUGAGGAGGAAGGAGGAGCUGAGGCUGCAGAGGAAGAGGGAGGAAGAGGAGGCAGCAAAACGAAGGGAGGCAGAAUUGAAGGAGAGGAAGAGGCGGGAGGACGAAGAGCGACUGAGGAGGGCGGAGGAGCUGAGGCUGCAGAGGAAGAGGGAGGAAGAGGAGGAGGAGAGACGCCGCAAACUUGAGGAAGAGGAGAGGAGGAGGAGGCGCCAGAAGGCCGAGGAGGAGCAGCGCAGGGAGCAGGAGGCGCUUCAAGAGCAGUGGGCGGGGGUAGAGUCUUAUGGGUUUGCCAAAAUUCUCCCCGAGAUGUCCCGCUCAGACAGGGCUAAAUCUAAAUCUACUCCAGAUCUGGAUGAAGUUCAGAAAGAAGACGCCAGAGGUGCGAGCAGCAGGCAGGGGGGUAUGGCCCAGUGGCUGCUGGAGGAGGAGCUGCAGAGGAAGAGGAGCAGCAGGGCACAGAAGCUGCAGGCCGCGUCCGAGCUGGAGGCCGAGAGGAGAAACAUCCUCAAUGCCAUGAAAUACAGAAACCCCGAGAGAGUGGUGAACAGCGGUGCCGGCGAGGCGUCCUGGAGCCGGGACUCCGUGAGGAGGGCGGGGCAGCCGCUCAAGCCCGCGGAGAACGACCGGCAGCUGAUCCUGGAGGAGAUGAAGAAGAAGACCCUGCUCCUGACAGACAGCAGCUGGAUCCGCCAGCGCAGCGCCAGCAUGAACAAGGAGCCCGCCAGCCCCGCCUCGCCCAUCAGGAGAGGGGAGUCUCUGGAUUAUCUGGACACCGAUAACUCCUGGAGACCGCCCUCCUGGUCGGCGGCCCCCACUGCCUACAGCCGCCCGCAGUCCGCUGUGCCAGUCUCCGCCCCCUCCCGCGGGUACACGCGCCCCGCCUCCUCCACCCUCCCCGCCUCCCCCACCCCCGCGGCCGCCCCACGGCCCAGCUCCUGGGCCCUGAACCCCCCCGUCGCCCCAUACCAGGACCGCCCCCCCACCGACCCCGACCCCUCGUCCCUGCAGCGCAGCAGGUCGGUCAGCGGGAAGAAGAUCUGCACCUUCUGCGACACCCCCCUGGGGAAAGGGGCGGCCAUGAUCAUCGAGUCCCUGGGGCUCUGUUACCACCUGAGCUGUUUUAAGUGCAGCGACUGUAAGGCUGGCCUGGGUGGGUCAGAGACGGGCGCCGAGGUCCGAAUACGGAACCAGCAGCUCUACUGCAACUCCUGCUACAUCCGAUUCAAAACUGGAAAGCCCACCAUGUGAGCCGCGUGGUCUGCUGUGGACUGAGGAGGAAGCGUUCGGAAAACAGCCAUCCCCGCGAGCAUCUCUGCUAACAUCCCCGCAAGCAUCUCCACGAGCAUCUCUUCAAGAACCUUUGCUAAAUGGAUACUCUGUGUAAUGGAGGUUCUGGACUUCUGCAGGUCCUGAUUGUAUUUUUCCACUGUUCAUUCGGAGGGGGUGACAUUCAAUAGGGUGACAUUUGUUUAUAAGAGAAUAUUUGCAAUUUUUUCUGUACAGAAUUUAAGGGAUGUGCCUUUAUGCCUGUCUGCUAUGGAUGUUUUAUUAGAAGUGAUAUACACAAAUAUAUAUAUUUUUCUUGUUGAGAAAUAUUUCUGGGGACUUCCAGCUGGUAUGACAGAUUUCAGAGUAGCACUGUUAAAUUGUUCAUAUUAAAGUAUUUGAAAGAUAUUUUAUCAUUUCCUCUUCCCGCUAGGACUUUUUCUCUGAAUCUUUUUUCCCGAUAUAGCUUGUUUGUCUUCUAAUAUAUUUCUUUGUUAUAGUUUAACUGAAAAAAUGUGCCUUGUGUGAUGGUGAAAGAUGAUUAUGAUAAUAUACGUUAAAAUACAUAUUUAACGCUUACAUGAAUGGUUAGAAAGCACUUAUUCCUUUUUCAUUGAGGGUAAUUCAUUUGAUGCAUUUUGGGAGCAAAAAGUCGUUGUUUUUUUGCGAAGGAAAUGUUUAUGCCAUGGAAAAAGGCAACAUCAGGUAUGGAACGGGAGCAAAUUGGGCUUUGUUUGUUCGUGUUUUUGUAAAUAAAAAUGACCAAAUCUG